AUGAGUUGGAUGCUAUUUGUCAAGGUGGUCGCGGCCCUACUGGCUUUCUGUAGGGGACUAAACCUUGUGGGUGAAGAAAAUGGCUUGUCCAUAUCAGGCUACCAUCUAUGUGCUCGCAAUGAGACAAGGAUAGUCAGUAUCAUGGUCAUGCACAUAAUCCCCUACACCGUGACCAGGCCUUGUGGUGGCUGGCUGCUUUGGACAAAAUGUGAAGUUCGACUUUACAAACUUAGCCAACGUAUUGAAUACAAGACCAUUACCAAGCAGGUGACAAGAUGCUGUGAUGGCUACGAACAAGUCGGCCGUUACUGUGCCUUACCUGUAAACCGGAGUGGAGAAUUCACUGCCAAGCCAGGAUCCUGUCCCAGAGAUGGUGCAUGUCCCAGUAAUUAUGAACACUGCAACUGGGAUAUCGACUGCCCAGGCUGGCAAAAAUGCUGCCAAAGAAUUGGUAUCUCCCUCUGCCAGAAUCCUUCAAGCUCAUCAAAUUAUUCUGAGAUUGGAAGAUGCAGAUUCAAUGCGACAGUGACAGUAAAGAUCGAUUACAACCAGCUCAUGUCUAAAGAUCGAGGGCUGCUGAAUCACACACGAAUACUGCAAGCAAUGGUGACUGGAGGUCUGCAGUCUGACGUGUCUGUCUUUUAUCUCGGCUUGUGGCCUGUGCAUCCUUUCAGAACCGCUACCUCGAUGCUGAUGGCCUUGAACUGCUCACUCUCGCUGCACACCGUCACAUCAAAGCUGCACCUCCUUCUCAAGCACAUACAGGAGGUGUCAGCUGUGCAUGUGGAAGAUGUAGAUGAGUGCACACACGCCUCCCUCCAUCACUGCCCGCCUCAAGCCGAGUGCAACAACACAUUAGGCUCCUACCGCUGCAUCUGUCGUCAAGGGUUUACCGGUGAUGACCCCAGCAACUCCGGAGCGCAGUGUGCAGCUGAUGUCAGUAGCACACCCACCACUGAACUUCCUGCACCCAUGAAUACAGUCUAUACUCCAGCUUCCAACACCCAACCUGACCUCACAGGCAAUAGCACCACGAGAACCUUCAGCUCUUCUGAGACCAGCACAAGUCCUACAAGCUCUGUCCUUUAUGAUUCGUCAACAAAUGCUACACCUUAUACCAGCGUGAAUUCAACUGUGGUCUCACCUCUACCAGCCACCACAUGCUUUCCUCCUAGGAUCACCAGGUUGCAGUCUACCAACGUCACUGGAAACUCCUUUUGUGUGUACUGGUCCAGUCAUUUUCAAACAAACCAGACAUACAUCAUUGUUCUACACCAACAAUCAGAACUCAUUAAUCGUUGGGAGAUCAACCAGACCAUGAUGGAGGUGACAGGCCUGCAGCCAGGGUUACUCUACAAAGUUACGGUCACCCCUCAUGCUUGCGGAAGCCAAGGACCUGCCCUCAAUGUGUGGAUCAAAACAGAUGCCCAUACUCUUAAUGUCACAGCCCAAUUUACCAACAUCAAGUACACCUCUGACCUGAAGAACACCAGCAGCCAGGCUUAUCGAAAUCUCACAGAGAGCAUUGUAAAGGAGAUUUACCAGUCUCUCCCUCCAGACAUCAAGGCCCUGAUGGAUUCAGGCCAGGUGAGACUUGUGAUCGUGGGAUUCUCUCCGGGAAGUGUCAUCGUCAACUUCACCAUCAUCUCAGCCGAGGCUCUAAGCCAAAAUUUAAGCAGCGUGUCCACAGCUGUGCUGCACUCGCUGAAGAACAGCUCCAAGUACACAGUAGACGAAAACAAGACGAGUAUUACAGAUUUUGAUGAAUGUGCAACAGGGGAAAAUGAUUGUUCCGAGUGGGCUAACUGCAGCAACACCUGGGGUUCCUACACGUGUAGUUGCCUAGAAGGAUUUAUAGAAAACAACUCAGAAAGGCCUGGACGAGCUUGUGAAGCAGUUGUCACCACAACAUCUGAGGCAAAGCCCGUUGCAGUUAGCACGGCACCCUACUCUGAAAUAAACUCACCUGGUGGUCCUGCUCUAACUUCAACAGUCAGUACUUUAGAUACAGCCACAGUCACAACCGGCACAGUGGUACCUGCUGCGGUCACAUCUCUGCCUGCUACACCUCUUUUAACUGGUUCUACAGUCACACACACUAUGACAGCUGUCCCAACUGUCACUGUAUCCCAUAUAACCCCAACUUCUGACAACACAACCACAGCUACUCCUAUGGCAAACACAACUUCUGCCUUGGCAUCCACCAAUACCACCAUGACCACCGCAGCAUCUACAACAACAACAGCCAUCAUCCCCACUCCAAAAACCAACAGUACCACUAUGACAACCAUCACAUCUUCCCUGAUGAUAAGUACUGACAUGACAGCUGGCACUGACACUAAUCCCACAUCAACCACUACUUCUGCCCCAUCAACCACCACUUCUGUCUUGUCAACAAGUAGUUCUUCUCCAAUGGUGACUACUAAUGCCAUGUCAACCACAACCUCUGCCCCAACAAUCAGCACUUCUGUCUUGUCAACAAGUAGUUCUUCUCCAAUGGUGACUACUAAUGCCAUGUCAACCACAACCUCUGCCCCAACAAUCAGCACUUCUGUCUUGUCAACAAGUAGUUCUUCUCCAAUGGUGACUACUAAUCCCACAUCAACCACUACUUCUGCCCCAUCAACCACCACUUCUGUCUUGUCAACAAGUAGUUCUUCUCCAAUGGUGACUACUAAUGCCAUGUCAACCACAACCUCUGCCCCAACAAUCAGCACUUCUGUCUUGUCAACAAGUAGUUCUUCUCCAAUGGUGACUACUAAUGCCAUGUCAACCACAACCUCUGCCCCAACAACCAACGCUUCUGUUCUGUCAACAACCAGUUCUUCUCCAGUGAUGACUACUAAUCCCACAUCAACCACUACUUCUGCCCCAUCAACCACCACUUCUGUCUUGUCAACAAGUAGUUCUUCUCCAAUGGUGACUACUAAUGCCAUGUCAACCACAACCUCUGCCCCAACAACCAACACUUCUGUCAUCAUAGGAAAAGCUGCUGGCACGGCAACCACCACAUCUGCACUGACCACCACCAGUCCUGUACUGUCAACAGCCACUUCUGCUCCAUCAGUCACUUCCAAUGGCACAAGAAGCACCACACCUGCACCAGCACCCAUCAGUUCUGCACUGACAUCCACUUCUGUUGUGAAAGGUGACAUCUCAGUGGAGUGCAGGGCUGCUGCCAUCACUGUCACAGUUGGCAAAGAUUUUCUACAGAAGAGCCAGAUCAGGGAAACUGACCUACACUUGGGUCUGAAGGAAUGUGGUGUCAACGGGGGCAAUGACACUCAUGUGCAGUUGACUGUGGCAUGGGAUGAGUGUAACACUAUACUUGUUAAAAAUGAAACCUACUACACAGUAUCUGUGAUCCUACUCAACAACAUGGAUCCCUACAUGUCUGCCAAUGGAACAAUGAUAGUUCCUAAAGUGCGCCUGCAAAUGCCCAUCAUAUGUGCCUACAGCAAGAAAACACUCAUCUCUACUGACUUUGGCUCCAUGGGAUACGACCUGAUCAAAGAUACAAUCAUGGCCUCGGGGUCAUUCCAGGUGAUUGUGCAGUUGAUGAAUGGCACCGUGCCUCUGCCUCACAACUACAGUUUGUCCUCUGACGAGGCUGUGGUGGUGCAAAUCAGCCUGAACACCUCAACAGAGCAGAUUAAAGUCAUCAUGAACAAGUGCUGGGCCACGCCCACCCCAAACCCUGCAGAUAGCAAGAGCUACACCUUCCUGGACAACAGCUGCUCCUUGAACCCGUACACCCAUGUGCUGACCAAUGGAAACUCCAGCGUAUCUCGUGUCUCUGUGCAGAUAUUCUCCUUUGUCGGUCUGGAUAUGAUCUACCUGCACUGUCUCGUCCAGAUCUGUGUGGAGACUGGAUCUACCACCUGCAUCCCUGACUGUCUACAAAGAACAGUUCAGAGUAGAACCACAAUCGGGAGAACUCUUGCUUCUACAGGGCCGCUGUCGAGGAUAUCUGAAGAGACUUUGGAGGAGAAAUUGGAUCUUAUUCAUGUUGUCGGUUUCUCCUGUCUCGGAGUUGGUUUGGCGCUUUUCUUCAUCUUCGGUUUCGUCUGCAUUUUCUAUUGGCAGAGGAACCGUAUUGGACAUUACAACUUCAACACCAAACCCAAGCAGGACAACUUUUCCCACAUUGCCUUGGACACUUAG